AGCGAUUAAAAUGUUUUUUCUCCGAAAUACUAAUGGCUUAUUCACAUAAAAAAUCGCUUCUCUUUGCGUCAGACAUUUGUUUCGACAUAAAGUUCGAUGUAUGCUUUUGUAUAAGUAGUUUUCAUCACAGCAAAACGCAGCAAGGCGAAGCAAUAAUCUUUUUACGCUUCGUCAAGCAACAUUCGUCAUUUUUGUUAGAGAGAAACAUUGAAAGCAUACCCUUUGCUUCCUUCGCUACGUUGUUAAGUGUAUCUAUACUUACAGACACAUAGUGUCUGCAUUGAACGCAGCCAUAUAAACAAACGAGAAUUUUAUUUACUUUCAAAGUUGUUUUUUGCAAUGUCCGCAUAUGAUAACGUCAGGGUUGGAAAAUUGGUGUUAAAGGGCGAAAAGCCGAAAAAGUCAAAAAAGCAUAAACGCGACAAGGAGCACAAAGAGAAGGACAAGGCGAAAAAACGCAAAACUGAGGUAGAUGAGGAUGCACUACGACAUGGUGGCUGGUGGUUGGCAAAAAGUAUACCAGAAAUCACCGGAGCAGUUGCCAUUGAGUUUGAGGAACGUGCUUAUUUAAAAGCACUGGAUAAUGGACUAUUUACGCUAGGAUCGCCGCACAAUGAAGGCGAAGGCCCAGACCCAGAAGAAGUAUUCACAGCAUUUUCAAUAAAUGAGACAAAGAUAUCCAUUAAGUCUGGUUAUGGAAAAUAUUUAAAAAUAGAAAAAGAUGGUAUGGUUACUGGUCGCUCAGAGGCGGUCGGCAGCAUGGAGCAAUGGGAGCCUAUAUUUCAAGAUGGUAAAAUGGCAUUAUUAUCUGAAACCGGUUUUUUCAUGUCAAUUGAUCCCGAAGAUGAUGCAUGCGUAGCGCUACGCAGAAAAGUAAAUGAACAUGAAAUAUGUAAAAUACGCUGCAAUGCACAACGUGAAGCGGAGGAGGACGAAGAACCCAAAGAAGAAAAGGGUGACCUAACCGAAGUAGAGAAAAAUUAUGUAAAAAAGUUCCAGAAGUUCCAGGACAAGAAAUUGCGCAUCAACAAGAAUGACAUCAAAGAACUAGAAUCGGCAAAAGAACAUGGUACUUUACAUGAAGCUUUAUUAGAUCGCCGUAGUAAAAUGAAAGCAGAUAGAUAUUGUAAAUAAAUCAUUUAGUGCUACCAUCAAAAUUUGGCUUGAAUGGGAAUAUUAUUACUAGUUUAAAACUGAUUUGUAUCAUAACCUAAUAGGAAUGGUAAAAUCUGCAAUUUUUUUAAGAUAAAUCGCUCUUAUUUAAUAUAUGAGCAAAUCUAAUACAAAAAGGAGAGAAUUUAUUGUUAAACAAGUUAUAUAUGUUCAUAGAUCUUUCAGUUAUGUUAUAUUUCUUAAGUAUUAGCUCCUCGGCAAGUAAUUGAACUAAUUCUCCAUAUAUAUAUAUAUGUACAUACAUAUGUAUAUCCAAGAAUCUUGUUUUAAUUACUGCCACAAAUCACAGCGGUUGUAAUUUGGAGCACAUAAGUGCUUCUUUAUCAAAAAUAACUUUUUAAGAUAUUAAAAACAAAUACGGCUGUGAUUUGCAGAUAUACGCAAACUAAUCUGUCAGCUUUUGACUAAUCGAUCUAAAAUUUUGCACACGUUCUCUUCUCCCAAAGAAGCUGGUAUUUUUUUAGAACCGCUAAUAUCGGACCACUAUAGCUGCCAUACAAACUUAACGAUCAAAAUCAUGUCGUUGUACGAAAAUAUUUUUUAUUUGAGAAAAAUCACGCGAGUCACCUACACACUGGCCAGUUACUUUACUUAUAUAGUGCCAGCUGGCAGCCAGUUUCCCCUGAAAUAAUCUUGUGAUUUCCAAAUGAUAUCACAUCCAGGCGCGAGAGUCACCUAAGCACUGGCCAGGCACGUUGCCUGCUUUUCUUUUAUAGAGCUAACCAGCUGUAUUGUUCAGUUCGGACCACCAUAUCAUAUAGCUGCCAUACAAACUGAUCGAUCAAAAUUCAGUCAUUGUAUGGAAAAAAAAAAUCUUUACGAAAUUUGGCAUGGAUUAUUGUCCAAAGCAACGGCACAUUCUCCGAAGCAAAUUGUUUAAAUCAGACCACUAUAGCAUAUAGCUGGCAUACAAAAUGACCGACCAAAAUCAAGUUCUUGUAUGGAUCCCUUCGUAUUUGUGUAUUUAUGACAGGUGUUAUAGUUUCAAUGCAACCCAGAUUAACGGUUUCUUUUUUUAGUUACUAAAAUUGAUACUUUGUAUAAAGUCAACAAUAAAAUUAAGUGAUUCAUAAUGAGAAA